AUGAGCACGGGGAGCAUCGCGACACUCCUCUACAACACACCUCACAAGUUCACCGGGCUGCUAGUCAUCGGUAAGAUCUUCUUCUUCCUCGACAUAAUCUCCUACCUCUCCAUCUGGACAUCCCUCAUCACGCGCUUCACGCGCUUCCCACACGCCUUCGGCGCGACCUUCCACGACCCCGAAGAAGCCUACCUAAUCCCCACCGCCGCACUUGGCUUCGCAACAAUUCUCUUCGGCAUCGAAGUCUACGGCGUCCCGUCCUGCGGCAUCUGGCUAGUCAAAACACAGCUCGUGCUCUUCUGGGUCUACGUCGCCAUCGCAAUCUGUCUAGCCGUGUGUCUGAACUGGCAUCUCUACAAGACAAGGAUGGCAACAAGGCAGCCCUUCUGGCUCGUCCGUCUCCUGCCCUCAUUCCCCGCCAUGCUCGCAGGAACAACAGCUUCCCUGCUUAUAUCCGCACACCCGCCGCACUACGCGAUCCCCAUGCUCAUCGCCGGCACCGCCCUGCAGGGCUUCGGCUUCAUGAUCUCCCUCUUCAUAUUGGCCGAGUACAUCCACGGCCUGCACCACGGCGGUCUCCCGCCCAUGCGCCGGCGUCCCCAGAUGUUCAUCGCCAUCGGCCCGCCCGCAUUCACAGCCGUAGAACUAAUGGGGAUGGCAGAGGUUGCGACGUCAAAGUUUGGGACCGGCUUCAUCGCCUCAGCCGGCAGCCUCAAUGUGCCAGACGUGCUAGUCGUGCUAACCCUCUUCAUCUCCAUCUUUCUCUGGAUCCUGUCCUUCUUCUUCUGGGCUCUCGGGUGGCUGAGUAUUUUCGACGCAAGACGCGAGUGGAAGUUCGACAUCACGUGGUGGGCGACUGUGUUUCCGAACACAGGGUUCGCGCUGGCAACGAUUAAGAUUGGGGAGUUGUUGGACUCGGAGGCUGUCCGGUGGGUUGGGCCUGCGGCGACGGUUAUCCAGGUUACGCUGUGGGUUGCGUGUGCCGGGGCGCAUGUGUGGGCGUAUUUCACGAGACGGACGCUGUGGCCUGGGAUGGAUGAGGGGUUUGGGCCUGAUGAGUCCCGGCGUGAUGGGUCCAGGGAUGGAGUUGGUAUGGAGGGGGAUGUGGUUGGUUGGAAGGCGGGGGAGAGUCACCGUGGGCUUGGGGAGGUUUAG